GAAUUCGGCAGGAUCCAACUUGUACCCAAACUCUCCCUUUGGCGAGGCAGCGGAACGUGCCUCUGUUAUUGCCCAACUUGGGUCUGGUGGGUUGCAGCGAGCAUGUGAUCACUGGAGUGACUGAGCUUGCAUUGCCAUAGUGUGGCAGCCGCGGGGGGAGCAAUGGAGGCUGCUUAAGAGACAGGCUGGGCGGCAGCUGCUGCAUCCAUCGCAAAAGGACACCACCCCACGUUAAAUCGCGGCUCGCAAAAAGAAGGAGUGAAAAAAGACAAUUGGGAAGAACAUCCCUGGCAAUGCACCUUGCUUUCUGAUAUCUGUUACUAAAUAAAGCUCCCAGUUCCAGAAAAGACUCUAAGUAAGAAGUUUAUAACCACAGUACUCGGCUUAAAGUAAGUAACAUUUGACAAAACCAUGGCUACAGAUGAAAGGGACACUAAACAGAAUGUUCAGGCUGAGGUACUGGGUACUGAUGCUUCAGACAAGAAAAGGGCAGGCAAAUUCCAGCCUUUCAAGAAGUUUUUUGGUAAAAGGAAAAAGAGAGACGCACCGUCAGACUGUGAGGAAGCCAAAUUGAAACCCAGCCACUCUUUCGGGAAUGUGUGUAAUGGCACCCUGUCUUCAGAUGAAGAAACAAACAAUGGUCUGAGAUCCUCCAAUUAUACUAUGGGCACUCGAGCUUUUUCCCAUGACAGUAUUUUUAUACCUGAUGGGCAGGCAGAGAGUGAGCAGGCAGUCCAAGCAAUGUCACAGGACAAAAUCCUAGGCAAAGUCAAAACCCUUCAGCAACAGUUGUCCAAGACUAUUAAAUUUGGACACUCACCACAAACAACAAUUUCUGAGAGGACAAUGGAGGAGGCAAAUUCUAGUUUAGAAGAUAUAUUAUUCAGCAGCCCAAUGGAGAUUGAGAACCAAUCAGACACAGUGCUCUCAGACAGUGAUAAUAAAUUAAGUGACACUCCGGAUCCAUUAACCCUUACGCAUGUGCCUGGAACAGGACAUGAAGUAGAAGAGAAGGUCACACCAGUCAAAUUGUCUCGGACAAAAAGACACAUUUCCUCUGGCACAAUUGAAUCAAUCAAUCUUGAUGCAGUCCCACAGGCAGUUGCUCGUCUAGACAACAGUGCAGCGAAGCACAAGCUCUCCAUAAAGCCAAAAAAACAGAGGCUGUCAAGAAAACACAGAAGAUUAACAAAGGAGUCACAAAGCAUAACUGUGCCAGAGUUUGAGCAAGAAAACCCAGAAACCCAACAUUUCAGCGAGAGAUACCCAGAUGACAGUGGGCAUAUUGCCACAGCUAAGCCAACCCAAUUCAGAGAAGAGCAAAAACAUUUUGAGGUAGCAGAUGAGAAAACAAAGCAAGAUGAUGAUUGGAGAAUGCACAAGGCUGAAGAGAAAAGACAAAUGGCAGGAUUAGAAGAAAAAAGACAUCUGGAAGAACAAAGACGCCACGAAGUUGAACAGAUGCAAAGGGAACAGGAGAGAAAGAGUUGUGAAGAAGAGAAAAGGCAGCAUCUUCUUGAGGAGGAGAAAUAUUUGAAAAUAGAAAAGCAAAGGCAACAGGAGGGGGAGAAAAGACAACAAGAACAACAGAGGCAACAGGAACUAGAGAAGCAAAAAAGACAGGAAGAGAGGAGACAACAGGAACUGGAGGAGCAAAAAAGACAGGACGAGAGGAGACAACUGGAACUGGAGAAGCAAAAAAGACAGGAUGAGAGGAGACAACUGGAACUGGAGGAGCAGAAAAGACAGGAAGAGCACAGACUGCAGGAACUGGGGGAGCAAAAAAGACAGGACGAGAGGAGACAACUGGAACUGGAGGAGCAAAAAAUAAAAGGACUGGAAGAACAAAGCUGUCAUAAGAUUGAAAAACAGCAUCAGGAGGACGAAAACAAGAGACAAGUGGAUCAACAAAGACAAGAAUUAAAAGAGAGACGAGAACUUGAGAAAAGACAUCUUCAGGCUGAAGAGAAACUGCAGCAGGAGGAAGAGGCGAAGAAACUGGAAGAACAAAGCCAACAUCAGAAGGAAAAAAAGAAAAGAGAAGAACAAACUCUGCAAAAACUGGAGAAGCAAAAGAGACAAGAAGAACAAAGAAAAUAUGAGCCAGGAGAACAAAUGCACCUGGAGAGUGAAGAGAGAGCACAGCAGAGAAAAUUUAUAAGGCAAGAGGGAUCAAAUGAACAAGACCUGGAAAAAAUACAUGUAGAUGAACAGUAUCUGGAAAAGCAAAAAGAACAAGAGCAAGCCUUAAGACAGAAACAGGACAAAAAAGAAGUGGGUUCUGUGGAUGCUGGUAGGGAAUCCCUGGAGAAGCAGCUUCAAGAAGAAUCAAACCAACAAAAAACAAAACGGGCACAGAAAGGAAAGGUAGUAGUAGAAGAAAAGGUAACACCAAAACAGACGAGAGCAGUUAAAACUGAGGAGCAGGAGAAGACAGGUGAAGAACUAAGGUGGCAGGAAGUAGAUGAAAGGCAGGCUAUGCACAGACCAUUCACGUUUCAAGUGUCAUCAGGAGAGAAACAAAUCAUAUUUCAGAAAGUGAAUUUGAGCCCUGUUACUCCUGUCAAAGAGGCAGCACACCAUUCCGCCCUCAAAGAAUCCAAGACCCAUAUAUCUAGCAAAGGUUCUCAUGCAUUCCCAUCCUCUUUGUGUGUCCCCCAUACAGCUAUUUUGGUUACUGGAGCACAACUUUGUGGCACUGCCGUAAAUCUGAAUCAGAUCAAAGAUACAGCUUGUAAAUCUCUACUUGGUUUGACAGAAGAAAGAAAAAACAUGGAUAUUCCUCCUCUAGAAAACACCCAGAAAACUACUCUUGAUCCCAAACCUAGCUGCAGUAAAAUGAAAUAUACACAGGAGACGAACAACCAGGACAUAUUAGCUGAAUGGGCUUCUAUUAGAUCUAGAAUCCUAAAGAGUGCCGAAACCAGCAAGCUAAAUGAGAGAGACCGAGUAAGCAUCUGUAGACACAGUGAUGACUGGACACUCAAAGGACGAGGCAGUUCUUCUCAUGGCAAUUUAAGGAAAACCCUGUCUGCAAAUGCAAAAUUUUCCAUAACACCAGCAUGGCAAAAAUUUUCAGACACCUCAAAAGCUGGUGCAGAUGCUGAGAGUGCAAGUGCUGCAGAAAAUAUCGAAGCAGAGAACACAAGAAAAAAGACAGAUUCAUCCAAUCAGGCAAAUGACGAUGUGGCUGCUCACAAAGAGACUCUAGUUUGUAAAGAUAAUGUGACUGAAAUGGCCAUGAAAAGUGAAACACAUCUUGAAACGGCAAAUAACACAGAAGGCUAUAAAUUUGCCAAAGAUCUUCCAUCUUUCCUUGUUCCAAGCCUCUCUCAUUCUCCAGGAAAAGAACUGCCCCAAUCAGGAUCUCCAGCUGCUUUGGAAAGUCUGGAGAACACUGGUACAAGAAAACUGGAUAAAGGAGCACCAAAUGAAGAAGAAAAUGUUUCUCCAUUUGGGAUAAAAUUAAGAAGGACAAAUUACUCCCUGCGUUUCCACUAUGAUCAACAGGUGGAGCAAAAGAAAAAGAAAAGGUACAGUGCAGGAGAUAGUUUUGAUGGUGUACUUGGCCCACUAGUUGCAACAGAAAGUGGAAAAGAAACCAUUAAUAGCACUCUAAAAGACAAUACAUCUCCUAGCCCAGACAGAGAGAAUGUCACUGUUAAUGUUUCAAAAGACUCCUCAAAUAAUGUUUCAGAGAAUUCACACACAACAGUUACGCUAUUAUGCCCAACCACUAACAACCAGAUUCCUUUACCUAGUUAUGAGAAACUGGUGUGCAAAUUGUCACUCCAAAAGAAACCUGCAUUAGCUCCAAAGCCCACAAACCAGACCCCACCGUCCUCGCCUCUCUCUAAAAUGAAUAAAUCAAACUUAGCUGACACAUUAGGACAAAAGAUGGCUAAAACUGAAUUAGACACUACCUGGAAAAAAGAAGACAAUAAAGGGAAUGUGGUGCACUCACCAGCACAGAAUGAGAACAAAAAUGAAGAGGAAGAAACCAGAGAAAAGAAAUCAUUCUUCCCAUCUAUCACCAUGCCAUGGAGAGAGAAAGCUGACAAAAAGCUUGAUCUGCUGAGAAAAGAAAAGCCAGUUCUCCAGAGCCGACACUCUCUAGAUGGCUCCAAACUGAUGGAAAAAGUUGAAUCUGCACAACCACUCUGGAUUACAUUAGCACUACAAAAGCAAAAGGGAUUUCGUGAGCAGCAAGCUACCAGAGAGGAGAGGAGACAAGCCAGAGAGGCAAAACAGGCUGAGAAGCUCGCUAAAGAAAAUGCUGCUGUAAGCCAUCAGUCAGAUAAAGGCAGCAAUAUCAGCAAAACAAGUGUACUGCAGAAACCUAUACCUCAGGAAGAUGAGAAGAAAAUUGACAUGGCUGUGUCAAGGCUAGAACGCAGAGAACAGCUCAAAAAGUCCAAUACUCUUCCUACUUCUGUGACAGUGGAGAUUUCAGAUUCUGUUCCAUCAACUCCAUUAGCAAAAGAGGUCGCCAAGAGAUUCUCUACUCCUGAUACAAACCCUGUGUCAACAGAACCAGCCUGGUUGGCCCUAGCCAAGAGGAAAGCAAAAGCCUGGAGUGACUGUCCACAAAUCAUUAAGUAAAAGUAACCUAUUUUCUCUCUACUUUUGUUUGUUUUCUCCUUUUCAUCAAUUCAAGAUUUUUACACAUGACAAAAGAAACUGAACAAGAUUUAAAUGCAUUCCCUGAAGGACUGAAAAACAAAGUGGUUAUCAUUUUGCUUUAGCACAUUAUAGUUGUGUAUGCUCAUAUCAUAGAUUUGGAAAACUAUAAGAGAGAGGGGGAUCCAGGCGUACAGUUGAGAGCCAAUUUCUCAAAAAUCAGGGAUGCUUUUUGAGUUUUUGGUUUUGCCCAGUAUAAAAAGAAAGAGAGGGCCAGAACUUCAAGCUCUUUAAAACUGUGCGCGCUUUUGAGUGUAAAGUUUUCAAUUUCAGUGUAGACAAAGAAAAAUUCUGGAUAUUUUGCUAUGUACAGGUUGAACCUAUCUAAUCUAGAACUCUCUCGUCUAGAAACAUCUGUUGUCUGGUAUGAUUUUAGUUAGCCAGACGUCUACUUUUCAUGGGUGCAGCCAAGUUUCUCCAUGGUCCUAUAAAGUUUGUUUACAGCCACCAAUCCUAGCUCUCAAGUGUUGUGUGCUGUUGUUUAGCUCUAAUUUACUCCUAAAUAUCCUUUAGCAGUACAAGCGUUGGUAAUGCUGCUAGACAACAUUGAUGUCCCAUAGUCCAGAAAAGUAUCUUGUUUGGAACCAGUCAGUUCCCAAAGGUGCUGGAUUAGAGAGGUUCAACCUGUAAAAUAAAUGUUCCUUCUUAAUCCCAAUGGUUCCUUUUGAACUCCGUUUGACAUAGUUAAUUUGCAAUUUAAAAACCCCCUCCCCACUCCAAGACAUAUUUUGGAAGACUUCUUCCCACCUGUGAAUGAAGUGACAACAUGUAAUGGUACCAUCCAAAUACUGAGACACUGUUUUCUUUCAUGCUAGGGGACAACACAAUUGCUGUACCUCUCACCUCAGAGUAAAAUCAUUUGCACAUUUUUCUCAUUAACAUAUUUAUAUCAACCAAACAAAAAGUGUUUUCCCCAUUUACUAAGAGGCAAAGUCAAAAGUUAUUAGGCACCAAUGUGCUCAGAGCACUUGAAAUUUAAGACCCUAUUCCUACAAAUGUCUGAGUCGCUUUUAUGUACCUACAGGUUUCAGAACUGGCCAUGUUAGUCUGUUUCAGCAAAAACAACAUGGAGUCUUGUGGUACUUCAAUGACUAACAAGAAAAAGAAACAAACUGUAGGGAUACACAGUCAAAAUUGCAUACUCCAUGGCUGGGUCUAGACUGGCAAGUUUUUCCGCAAAAGCACGUGCUUUUGCGCAAAAACUUGCCAGCUGUUUGCA